AGGACCUCCUCUGCACACAUUUGCAGAGGAACCUGCUCCAAUAUACACUAUAUUUCAUUCUAUGUAAAACAAUAAUAAAUAACAAUGUUUUCAAAAAUUAGACAAAGAUAUUAGAAAUUUACAAAGUACAUUUGCAAAUAUAUUUAAAUUGAAGAUAGUUUUGAAGAAAAGAAGACAACCAAAAGGUUGACUCCACCCUCUUUGUCUGGUUGUGAUCUGUCAGACCUCUAGGAAAGCCAGUUUACCUUUUCGCAAAUCACUGCAACUGCAUACCCAAGCAUCUGAGAGUCUGGAUAUAUUUCACAAGCUGAACAGGAUCUACAACUUUUUAAAGGCUGAAGAACAUUCUGAAGCAUUAUUAUAUAUAUAUAUAUAUUUGGGUUCCGGGGUUCUAGUUGGAUUUACCAACACACAAGCAAUGACUUACUUCAUUUUCACCUGACAGACAACGGUGCAGUCACCCUCACAAACAAGUCAAAUUCUUAACAAAUCAACAGUGCCAACAAGAUGCAGAAGCAAGUGGAGGUCAGAAUAGAUGAGGGCCACUUGGAGCCCACAGUGGACACAAAUGACAGUGCAUGCAGCAGCGUAUGUGAUAAAAUCAUGAAAAAUAUGGUUCUAACACUGACAAUUCUUGGUGUGUUUCUGGGUUCCAUUGCUGGAAUGCUGCUGCGGCAUAUAUCACCUCUUCCUCCUGAUGUUAUUAUGAUCAUAAGCUUCCCUGGGGAGAUCCUAAUGAGGAUGUUGAAGAUGCUUAUUUUGCCUCUUGUUGUUUCAAGUCUGGUAACAGGACUGGCUGGUUUGGAUGCUAAAUCUAGUGGGCGUUUGGGAACGAGAGCCAUGGUGUACUACAUGUCGACGACAGUGAUUGCAGCGGUCUUGGGAGUGAUCUUGGUGCUGCUCAUUCAUCCUGGCAACCCUAAACUAAGAGCUAAUCUUGGACAAGGGAAGAAGAAUGAUGACGUUUCCAGCGUUGAUGCUUUCUUUGAUCUCAUCCGAAAUCUGUUUCCGGAAAACUUAGUGCAAGCCUGCUUUCAACAGAUACAAACAGUGACCACAAAAGUACAGAUUCCCACUAACAGAACCAAAGCGCCCCCACAGUUCACAAUCAAGAGAUCACUUCAGUUCAAGAGUGGGAUGAAUGUCCUUGGUUUGAUUGGGUUCUUUGUUGCUUUCGGAGUCAUCAUGGGGAAAAUGGGGGAGAAGGCCAAGCUUAUGCUGGAGUUCUUUAACGUCUUGAAUGAGAUCAUCAUGAAGAUUGUUAGUGCAAUUAUGUGGUACUCGCCUGUUGGUAUUGCUUGCCUAAUCUGUGGGAAAAUCAUCUCCAUCGCUGAUUUAGAGGUUGUUGCCCGACAGCUGGGAAUGUACAUGCUCACUGUGAUAGUAGGCCUCAUCAUCCAUGGAGGCAUCUUCCUUCCUCUAAUAUACUUUGUGAUAGUGAAAAAAAAUCCUUUCAAAUUCUUCAUGGGAUUAUUCCAAGCUUGGGUCACAGCACUUGGAACAGCAUCCAGUGCUGGAACCUUGCCUGUCACAUUCCGAUGCUUGGAAGAGAACCUGAAAAUUGACAAAAGAGUAACACGUUUCGUCCUCCCUGUUGGGGCCACCAUCAAUAUGGAUGGUACAGCCCUCUAUGAGGCUGUGGCUGCAAUCUUCAUCGCUCAGAUGAACGGAAUUGUUCUCGACUGGGGCCAAAUUGUCACUGUCAGUAUGACAGCAACCUUGGCUAGUGUUGGAGCAGCCAGUAUCCCCAGUGCUGGACUCGUAACCAUGCUGUUAAUCUUAACGGCAGUGGGGCUACCCACUCAGGACAUCAGCCUUCUUGUAGCUGUUGACUGGCUCCUGGAUCGCUUCCGUACCUCAGUCAAUGUGGUUGGCGACUCCUACGGAGCCGGUAUCGUAUACCACCUUUCAAAAGAUGAGCUUGAUUCCUUCGAUGCCCAACAAUCCCGGAUGGAUGAUUUUGAGAUGACUAAAUCAAAAUCUUUCUUUGAUAAUAACACCAACCAGAAUGUAUACGCUCACCACAAUUCAAUCCUUAUAGACGACUGCAAGGUCACCAUGGGCAAAAAUGGCAAGACUGCAGGGUUCUCUUUUGUUGAAGAGGAACCGUGGAAAUCCGAGUAAAUCAGACCAACAAGCUUCUGCGCCUUACCUUCAGUUCCACAAACUUGUAACGUCUGCUGACAAAACUCUAGAACUGACACUCAAACACCAAUUAGCACAUAGGUUGUAUAUUCGCAACAAAAAAAAAUCCCAACAUUUGGUUGAAAAGACUCCAGGCCUUACUUGGUGCUUCUGCAAACUUCAUGUUUGGUCAGUUAGAAUCAGAAUUCUUCAACCUUUUGUAAAAUCUUGUUUAUCUUUUGUAUUCAACAUAUUUGUAUUGCAUGGAGAGCUGCAAAUAACAGCCAAGAAGAGCACUGAGUUGAUGUAAAAAAUGGGGUGAAUGCUUUAGAAAUAUAUAUUUGUAAAUUUGACUUGUAUAGCUUGUGAUGGCUUUCAUGAAAGUGUUUGGAUUUAGAAUUGUUGACUGUUUGUUUUGAAAUUUAACCGUAGUUAAUUAGAGCAGAUGGUAAACAGAAGUGACUAUAUGAUAUUGCAAUACAAAGACAGGCGUGGUGCAUUACCUUUUACUUUUCGACUAAUGGGAUUACACCCUCAUGUCACACACACACACACACACACACACACACACACACACACACACACACACACACACACACACACACACACACCCAGUCAAACCUAAGCAGAUAGCUUAUGUCUUAGACCAUAAAAAGGAAAAGGUGUGGCCUCUAAUUGUGGCAACAACCAGUGCAUGUGUUGUUGUAAAACAAGUACGUGAGGGUGACCUCUAAUUAAUUUUGGUUGAUGAUUUUGUAAAUGUUUUUGUAACUUUUGAAACAUUUAUAGGUAUUUUUUAGAAGGAGUUACAGCGUAUCCCUGGAAAGAUGUGUUUUUACACUAUGCAUAAUUUCUAAAUGCAGAAAGCACUAAUAAACACGGCAGGCAAGCAGGGUGUCAUUAAAGAUAAUAAAUGUAGAAUGGUUCCUAGCCUAUUCAAACCAGUGCAUUGUUUUGUGUUUCUUUUUGUCCUCCAUAUUUUUUGCUAUAUACUGUAUUUAACUUGCCUUGAAGAAAUCAACUUCAUAGUGCAAUAAGCAUGUUGUUGAAAUUUCAGGAUACAAGUUAAUAUGGGUCUCCCAUUAAAUCAACAAAUCCCUUGUAUGUAACCUAAUGGCUUAUUGAGGAUGGCUGGGCCCUCCUCAUUUGCUAGAUUGUGAUGUAACACCAUUUUCCCCCAGUUUGUAACACCACAUCUUAAUUAGUUUGGUUAAGUUUAACUAUUAAAUGCAUAAUUGAUUUGGCUUCCAGCAUUUAAUGUAUUAUCCCUUCGAUUUCACUCAUCUAUUUUGGUUUAAAUAAAGCAACAGUUAAUGUAAAACCAUUCUUGCUAAAAGUGCCUCCUUGCACUUUGUGUAUACAGUACAUACUUUAUUUAGUUUAAAAUGUGUAAGGGUUAUGUAGCACCUGUUUUCCUUGUUUGAAUUGUUUUUACAAUGAUUUCUAUAAUUAGUUACCAACAUUAAAAGUACGUUUAACAUACCUCAUUCUGGGCCUGUAGUUUUGUAAUAGAUUGUGAUUAGUUAUUGUGAGUAGGAUUAUUUUACUUCAUAUUCCACUGCAACCCAAAUGUUCAAGGGGAAAAAAAACCUAACUAAUGAAUGAAAGAAUGUGAUUGGAAUUGGAUAUUUUUAAUUGUGUAAGGGUCAUGAGCAAAGUGAAAAUGAGUUGGAAAAAGUUGGCGGCAGCUAUGCGUAAGCAUGUAGUGUGUGAGACUUAAGUAAGAUGCUUGAAUGUUUGAAGGCAUUUUCAUCAAGCAGUACACUUCAUUUCACUUCAAGUGUGUAAUUUGUUGUCAUUUCUAUAAAAUUACCACAUGCACCACAUUUUUGUCACCUUUUUGUUGGGUAGCAACUGCAAUGUACAAGGUAUAAAAAUGGUCGGCGUGAGAUAUAAGACCCCAUAUGUAUGUAUAUAUUUCACUGCAUAUCGGCUCAUAUCAAUGCUCAGUGAAAACACUGAGCAAAUUAGGAUUUACUGUUCUAAAAAAAAAAAAAAAAAACUGUGACAUGCUUAACUAAACUGUAUUUUAUUUCAGGAACUAUGGCUAGUUUCUCCACCGUUCAUAUGUCAAUAAUGAUCUGAACAUCAGACUCUUAAUGAAUGGAAUAUAUUAUCUCUGAAUUCAAAAUUUCAUUUUGAUAUUUCCUUGUAUCACUUCUUCUGACCAGUAAUAGUUCACGGUCAAUUGAACUGGAGUAGUGAUUCCUUUCUUUUCUUCUUUUUUUUUU